AUUAAUUUGGAAUUGUCGGAAUUGGAAUUUGAGAUUCAGGGACGCCAUUGCGACGACUAUUUCACGGUGGUCAAACGGGGGAAAUUAAUUGACGGUCGAUCUUUGUCUCCCUUGUGACUCUAGAGGGUGUAUCACUUCGUGAGAUUUCUAUUUUCUUCGCCUGGUUAGCGUUAUCAUUCGUAAAUCGCAAAGAAAAGAUGGAGAACCAAGGCUUCGAGGAGGAGCCAAGAAUCGAAGACCCUGGUUACCCCCGCCUACGACAAUCGCCUACCCAGGAAUCGCAGACCUACGCCAUUCGUCCAGCAAGGAUCGACAUCUUCUUAUCGUUGUCGAAUCCUGACGGCCACGUGUACGAGGACAUCCUGCCUGCCGUUGAAGAUGUCUCAAAGACCUCGCACCCGUCCGCUCGUGAGUCUCCUACAUCCACGAGCACUGAACGCGUUACCUACGAAGAGACGCCUGUUAGGAAAGACGUCUCGGUCUUCCGUCGAAACCUCACGCUGCCGUUUCGUCACGGCGGCCUCGAUACGUCCACGAGUUCUUCCGUUCGCGUGACGAGUCGCGAGAAAAAUGUCUGUCGCGAGGACACGGAAGCGAACGGGGACGCCUUGACCCAGGAGAUCUCCGCUCGAUCGCAGUCGAUCGAAUGCAGGCCGAACAGGAGACGCAGGAAGAAGGACUGCAAGCACUGUAGAAGCAAGGCUGCAGCCUCUAACGCUCCUCGCGAGAUGGAUGACAGGGAACAGAAGGAUACCGUGCUCAGGAAGAACAGGGAUAACGAACAGCAGCAAGGUCAGCUUUCUAACGAUAGUCCGCGAACCAUCCUGGAGGACUAUAAUUUUGGUAAUCAGGAAUCGCCGAAAGAAGAGUUUCCUAGGAAAGGAAAUAAUCCUGUGACGGUGUACACGAUCUCUGAAAAUGUUGGAGGCGGCGAAAACACGGGGAAGCUGAUAGAAUAUGAACGCAGUCCUGGGCAGGUUAUCGAAGCAAACAAUAAGGAAGACAAAGCGUUGAUUGCGUCUGAGAAGAUUAAGGCUGGGAUGAGGGUGAACUCGAUCUACUCCCAGGAUCGGUGGUACGCCAAGGAGGGACCAAUAUUCUUCACCGAUGUCAAGGAACAUGGAUCGUUUCAGAUCGUAGAUGGAGAGUCACUGCUCAGAGAAGUUGAGCACCACGCUUGCGCUGCACAGGCGUAG